AUGUCUCACCACAACCUUCACGCCUUGCCACAGAUCUCGGCCAAUCAACAUCCUCCCGCCAAUUUGUAUCAGUCUCAGCUUCUCGAGCCGUCGAUCGAGCUACCAAACUUGGUCCGGCCCUCUGGAGCUCACCACCCUCACGCCACUUCUGUCUCUCUGUCUCUCUGUCUCUCCGUCUUCCCUUUCCUUUUCCUCCCUUUGAACAUCAGCCUCAAGACCUGCUUUGUCUGCCAGCAGCAACUGCCCGAUGCCUUGUCUGUCUACGCUGUUGCUUCAGACGUGAGCUUGCGCAUCGCCCAAACCCUGGGCCCACGAUGCAUCGAUCUCCCUGACAAUCAGGACAGUGUCGCAUUCGCGGAGUUUCUGAAGCGCGUGCCCAGCCGUUCCUUGGGAACGCCCUCCAAGAUGUUUUGGGUGCCCAAUACCAACCAUAAGAUUGCCUACAGCUUUCGCACCCGCGCAGAGGGCCUGCAUGAGCUCCAAUGGCUCCACAGAGCGUUUUCAAAUCGCAUCAUUCGCAAUGUACCGCGACAAGCUUGUGGUAUCGUUGUUGGACCUCAAGGCGCUACUGCGCGCAGCAUUGAACGUGAAAGCAAGGGCAUCGUCAUGGUAUCGGAAAACAUUCGCGUGGGUGACGACAUGCGGCAGGUUUGGAUUGUGACUCUCAAUGAGGCGGACUUGGAGGGCGCACGUGCUCGGGUGGAUAGCCUCUUGGCCACGGCCAUCUCCGGCGGAUCCGUGGGCAAUGGGACCUCUUAUGGGCAUUUCUCUCAAGGGCGAGGUGGCGUGGCUCACCAGAUGGCCCCCGCUGGUCAAGCCACGCCAGAUCGCGUCGUAAUGCUUUCAUCUUCGCAACUGACCGAGGAAGUCUCAACUGUUCUCGAAUACGCCGCACGUCUCUCGGAUCUGGGGCCCAUGUCGUUCAAGUGGUCCAAAGACGGGAUUUACACGCGGUCUGAAAAUUUGGCCAGUGCAUGGCAAGAAUACCAACAGUGGCAGCUCCUGGUCGCUCGGCGCACCAUCAUGCAUUUGCCUGCCGGGUUGGUGGGCUAUCGCCUUGUCGGCACCAAGGGCUCAAAUAUUGUUCCCAUUGCCCGUGAUUCCUCCGCUAUUGUCAUCAUCAUUCCUGUCCGAGGCCCACCCAAGGAGAUCUGGGUCGUGGGUAAUCCCUCGGCUCAGCAGGCGGCCAUUCCUCGUCUCGAGGCGUUGGUGCGGCUCCAAUCACCCAACUACCGUUUUUCCGAUGGCACUGAAUCACGCUCCUCCUCGGCGUCAUCCAGCGGUCGCGCAUCGCUGCGCUCAAGUCGCAGCGUGCGUAGCCCACGCUCGGAUUUCAUCUUCAGGACCGCGGAAAAGGUCGAUGCUGAGCUGCGGCACAUGAUUCGAGUCAUUCCCAUUAGCGUGUUUGAGAAUGAGUGGAAACCCAUUGUGGUUGACGACGCUGGCAACUUGAUUGCACGCACGGACACCCAACAUGCCAAUGCCAUCUUCAACCACCUGAGCCAUCUCUUCAGGACGCGCAUGAUCAUCCGUCUGCCUAGCACGGUAGAAGCACCCCGCAUCAUUGGUCACGCUGGACGUAACCUUAAAGAAGUGUUCAGCCGAACGGGUGCGGUUGCCACCGUCUUCCCCAACAAACCUCAACCGGGAGUGACACAACGACUUUGGCUGAUUGGAGACCCGGCACAGCAGAUGAGCGCCAAGCAGCAAGUCGAGUCUAUUGCUGGGCAAGCUCUGGAUGAAUUCAUCGAGUCCUCCCCGCAGGCCGAGCCGCAGGCCAUGAUGGCUGCUGCCCUUGCGGCCGCUGGGGCUGCUGCCUCCCACGGCAUCUACGACACACGCCUACUGAAUGCUGGUCCGGCUCUUCCAUCUUCCCGUCGGGCCAGCGCCUCCUCCGCUCAUAGCAGUGCCAGUGGCAGUCGCUCUGUCCCCCCGGUUGAUGUGGUACAUCGCUUCUCUGAUCUUUCGCUGGGUGGUGCUGGCAAUGCAAGCGCGGGUGGCAGCUUUGAUUUUGGGGGGGAAGGUCUCCUCUAUGGCGCGCAGCUCGAAUAUCCCGGCUCGCGAGAUGAUGUUUUUCAGAGCCCACCGUUGGCAUCGCCCCUACCAGAUGCCAAUGGGCUGUCUGGAGCAGCCUCUGGCUUUUCAACAGGAGCACCGCCAUCUCGCUCCGACUCACUCAGCAGCCAGAACAACAGCUGUGCCUCCAGCCCUGGGCACCACACCUCGCUCAUGAACCAAAUGAGUGCGUUGCCGCGGGCAGGUCGUGUCCCCACACCCAGAGCUAAAGAAAUGGCUAGACUGCUAACACAGCGCAAUGGUCGCAUCGCACGCGAGGACGGCAUGGGAAAUGGUACUGAUCCAGACUUGCGGCGUGGUGCCUCGCCCAUCCAUGGCCUGAACGGGCUGAUUGAGCCCGGUCCGCAAGCCUUGCACUGCAGCGUGCAAUCCUUCAACCUGCCAACGACGUCACCUUUGCCAUGGAAGCCGGACGAUGGACAGCGCCACUCCUUUGACAUCUACACCAUUGACAAUCAUGGUGAAAAGCACCUCUACAACACAUUUCUCGUCAACCGUGCCGCCCUGUCUGAAAUUGUGCAGACCCAAGCCGCCUCGCUGGACAUUGAUCUGGUUCCAGUCGACAUGCGCAUGGGCCUCAUGCUUGGCGAGAAGGAUGUGCCAGUAGUCAUGGCAGAAGACGCGGCACUUGGUCAGGCCACCGGCACCAGUACCAACAGCAGCUCGGUUGCCGUCUUGCUGUGCCCACGUGCCAAGCUGCGCGAACUCCGCGUCUACGUGCGUGAGCUUGAUCGCCAACUCGUUUUGUGGGCCAGUGCCUCGACAACGGUGGCAGACGUGAUGAGGGCGUGUUUAUACUAUACCCAAAGCGUUACCUCGGUGGUGUACAUUCGUGACGUUGAAGGCCUGGUCGUGCGGCCGCACGUGCCCUGCCACUGCCUGCCCGCGCAGGUUACGCUGCAGGCUCAUCUGCAGAGCUCAGCAUGCUUGGUGCGUUUAGGCAAGACUGGCACGCACUCAAGUCUAGUCGCACCUGACGCACCCGUUACACCAGCCACGCUGCGGGCUUGCCUACAACACGCCAAACUUUGCGGCAAGGACGAUUUGGUUGUGGUGGCAGCCCCACAGGCACAGGGCAGCACGCCGCCCUCCAUGCGCGACCUCAUUGGCCAAAAUUUCAUGGUCACGGUGCUCGAGCAGCCCACCGCACGCAACUUUGCAGUCACCGUGGCAAUCAACGGCCAUGCCCAGCAAAGCAUAUUGAAUCUCCCACUCCACGACCCCGUUGAUCGUUUGGCCACCUUGGCCACUUGUCAGAUCUACCAAAGAAACAUUCCCCAAGACCAAGCCAGCCGCGCUCGCCUCGUCGACCCCAGCUCAAAUCAAGUUAUCGCCUCACUGGCCGAGCUGAGCUCCAGCAAGUCUCCGCCCAGCGUGACGAUUCAGCUUCCAACGCCGGUGGUUCUCAACGUUCCUGAAAGUAUGCCCAUGAUUGUCUACGUGCACGACGAUACAACGGGCGUCGAUGUCCGCGAAAACCUGCCUCAGCACUUGCAACAAUGUCGCUUGCUCGUGUAUCCCAAAACUGGGCAACCCGAUGACGCCCGGCCUUGGGCCACCAGUGAAAUGUACUCAAACAUGUGCUCCGAUUUUGGCGUUGCCCGUCCCGAUCAGCUUCAGAUUUUGUUGCGAGCUUGA